ACCAUCACAUUAGGUCCUUUGCCUCUUGACAAUUCCCCUCCCCAUUGGCCCGCUCCCCUCCACUUCUCCUUCUCCGCCGUCACUACCACCGGGUCGACGCCGUUUUUUCUUGGCACAAUGGGUGACGCAUCGUUUGGCGAGAAGACGCCGCAGCUAAGCAACGAGGAUGUCUCGGACGGCCAGAGGGAGGAUGUCGAGCCCGGCAACAGCACCGGCCUCGACAGGGCCCUGCACAGCCGACAUCUGCAGUUCAUCGCCAUCGGGGGCACGAUCGGGACGGGCCUCUUCCUAGGCGUCGGCAAUGCGCUCGCCACUGCCGGCCCCGUGUCGCUGCUCCUUGCCUUUGUGUUUGUCGGCAGCGUCGUCUUCUCCGUCCUGACCAGCCUCGGCGAGAUGGCCUCGUACAUGCCCGUCGCGGGAUCCUUCACCGUCUACGCCAGCCGUCUCGUCGAUCCGACCCUCGGGUUUUCCAUGGGCUGGCUCUAUUGGUUCAGCUGGGUCGUCACCUUUGCGCUCGAGCUGACGGCGGCUGGCCUCAUCAUCCAGUACUGGACCGACAGCGUGAGCAUCGCCGUUUGGAUCGCCGUCUUCUGGGUCAUUUUCACGGGCAUCAAUUUCCUGCCUGUUCGGUGGUUCGGCGAGAUCGAGAUGUGGUUCUCGAGCAUCAAAGUUGUCACCGUUAUCGGCUUCGUCAUCUUUGCCCUGUGCAUCAAUGCAGGGGCUGGAGACGAAGGAUACAUCGGAUUCAAGUACUGGAAGGAGCCCGGUCCAUUCGCCGAGCACAUGGUGGGCGGUGCGACUGGCAAGUUUGUGGGCUUCUGGGCAGUCCUCGUCACGGCUGCCUUCAGCUACCAGGGGACGGAGCUGGUUGGCGUGGGCGCCGGCGAGACGCGGAAUCCCGAGAAGAGCAUCCCCUCGGCCAUCCGCUGGACCUUCUGGGGCAUCUUCGUGCUCUUCAUUGCGACCGUCUUCUUCAUCGGCAUCGAUCUCCCUUACGACAUCGAGGCUCUCAAGAACGACAAGACCAACGCCUCGGCGUCGCCCCUCGUCAUCGUCGCGCAGCGGGCCGGCGUCCCCGUUCUCCCGCACAUCAUCAACGCCGUCCUCCUCACGGCCGUCCUCAGCGCCGCAAACUCGAACGUGUACUCCAGCAGCCGGAUCCUCAUCGGCCUGGCCGAAGAAGGGCUGGCGCCGGCCUGGACGAAGCGCACCAACCGGUUCGGGACGCCGUACGUGGCCGUCGGCCUCUGCUCGCUGCUGGGCCUGCUGGGGUUCCUCAACCUGUCCCAGAGCGGCACCGUCGUCUUCACGUGGCUGCUGAACAUCAGCUCGACGAGUGCCCUGGUCUGCUGGGCGCUCAUCGGUGUCUGCCACAUGCGCUUCAUUAAGAUCCUCGAAGCCCAGAACAUUGACCGUCGGGAGCUGCCGUAUCGGGCACCCUUCCAGCCGUACUUGUCCUGGUAUGGCCUGUUCUUCAACUCGUUGAUCGUCAUCACCAGCGGCUUCACAGUUUUCAUCAAGUGGAGCACGAGCGAUUUCUUUUCUUGUUAUGUCAGCUUGAUGCUUUGGGUUGCUCUUUACAUUGGACACAAGCUUAUCUGCCGCACCAAGGUUGUUCCUUUGAUGGAAGCAGAUCUGAAUAUAGGCGGGCGUAAGGGUCGAUCAGCGAGGGUUUAGCAUAAUUAUGUGAUUUUUAGCAAUGCAUAUCAUAGAGUAGAUGGUUAUUUAUGAGGAAUGAUUUC